AUGACGCAAAAAAAUUCGAAUAGUUCAGUGCAUUAUUAUGAAGAUGGUGAUAUUCUAGUAACGGUGCAAGAUGUGACAUUUCGAAUACAUAAAAACAUUUUAUCCAUAGCUUCAAAAGUAUUUCGUGAUAUGUUCACAUGCGCUAUAUCCUCAAAGGAAGACAUACCGAGUAUAAUUUUAACCGAUACAUCAUCAACAAUAUUCGAAAAUUUAUUAUCAUAUUUGUAUCCACAUAAAUUUAUACCUAUAACAUGGGAAAACAUUAUAGAAUUUUGUCAUUUGGCCGAUAAAUAUGAAUUCGUUAUGGUUAUUGAAGCGGCGGAUAAUUUUUUGAAAGCGCAUUUUCAAGAAAAACCGCUCAUUUCAUUGGUGAUGGCUGAUAGAUAUAGAUUUAAAUAUAUUUAUAAGGAAACGUCAAAAUUAAUAUUGGAUAAUUUAUUGGAAUAUAAGAAGGAACAAGAUUUCAAAAAACUUUCAAGCGAUACAAGGUGUGCUUUGAUGGAAAAAUAUUUAGAUUUCGUUCUAGCUGUAUCAUCAUUUCAAGAUCUGAAGCAUCAAUAUGAUUAUCAACACGCUUGUGAGAAAAAUCCGCAUCUGUAUACGGUCUGUUUAAAUAAACAAAAAACUACACAAUUAUAUGAAGAAUUUUUUAAUGGUAUGCAAUUGGAUCCAACGAAAUCCCCUUCGAUAAAUUUAAACCUUUUCUUGGAAUAUUGCAGGAGAUUCAAAAAGAAAAAUGAACAAUUAAAUCAAUGUAGUAUUUAUUUUAUUCAAAAUUAUUUAAUCAGUAAAAUUGUUAAAUACUUGUUUUCUGGUGAUAUAAAAGCUGUUGAUACAUUGGAAUGUGAAAAGGAUAAAGAAAAUGCUAGAUAUUAUUUAUUCAUAGAAUUAAAGGAUUGA